GCACUCGUGAUUCACUGUGCAUCGUGACGACGCUUUUCCCCAACUUCAUCUGCCUUUUUGGCAAAUUCCCUUACUUUUCCAGUCACAUCAAAAUCCCGGGAUAAUUCUGUUUUCCAGGUCGAAUGGUGUGACGAAAGAGAUGCAGCUUCUUCUUCCUCCUGACACGUGCAUGUAACCGAGCAAGGGAGAUUGGCCGAGGCAAAACGUGCAAGCUGUGCUGUCUGGGGCUUUUUCUGGGUUUCCCUCGGACUGUGGAUGUCAGAUAUAUGUCGGCACAGUUCCCUUAAAAGUCCGCCCUUGCGCACAUUCCUUCAGAGCGUUAGCCGUGACGAUGCCCAUCUCUGUGAGCCCGACAACUGCAGUGCCGCCACAACUAUCCCUACGAGUAAAUUGCUCGAUGCGAUGUCCAAACCAGAGGCUGGGAUUCUGCAGGGCGGCUUCAGCAGCAUCGGCUCUCAGUCGGAAUGCUACAAGGUUCAUGCGAACCUCAACAUGAGCGGCCGGGACAUGGAUGGGGUACAAUAUAACGUGAACAAAAUAACUGGCCGAUAUUGUGCCGUGCGAUACAAAAUUGAUUUGGCUGGGCUGCUGGACCUUGUGUACUCGGAAGAUGCCAGUUCUGCCACGUACAGGAACAUCAUCAAUGAUCUUCUUGGAAAAGAUAAAUACCUUCUACGAGAAGUGGACAACGUGGUGGAAGAAUUUCCAGGUUUCUUUGGGCUCUGCAUCCCAUCCACAUGCAGCAAAAGUGAUAUGCAAGCCCUCUUCACAUUUGUACAACCACUCGUCAAAUCUUUCCUGAACAUCAACGUCAGUUCUCAAGUUGUCUCCUGUAAGACACAAAUGGAAGCAGAUGACAUGCAAAUGACACCGGUCAUCCUGGCUGCCUUGAGCGCUUUGGGCAUUUUGCUCGUACUAAUGUGCAUCGGGACGCUGCUGACCUUUCUUGAUGCCAGGAACUCACAAUGUCCACACAAGAAUCCAAAUGCUAGAAAGAGCCUGAUGGGUGAGUUGCUGCGCUCCUUCUCCGCAACCAAGAAUAUAGGCCUCUUGUUUGCUAUGGAGGACAACCCGUCGAAGCUACAAUGCGUGCAUGGCCUACGAGCUCUGAGCAUAAUUUGGGUUGUUUUGGGCUACGUCCUUGUGCUGCAUUCGAUGAUGCUGACGCAGAACCUUAUACUACUCAAGGAUAAAAUGAAGGACAUCACCAUACAGUUUCUGGUAAACUUCACACCGGGAGCUGAUACGCUGCUCUGCGUCUUAGGAAUGAUGAUGGUGUACGACACCCUGACGAAACUGAGGGAAGAGAACCACAGAAGAACCAGAGGGUUCCUCUUUAGAUAUCUCCUUCACCGUGUUAUCAGGGUACUCCCGUUACUGUUGCUGACAACUCUUCUGAUAGUUCCCCUUUUUCCAUACCUCGGCGAGGGUCCGACAUGGGACAUUGAGAGCAACCGCCUCGUCUCUCGCUGUUCCGAUACUUGGUGGUGGAAUAUUUUUCUAGUCAACAAUUACCUUUCCCGUUGUCAACAGUGCAUGGAACACACCUGGUUCUUCGCGCUUCUGAUGCAAUGCACACUUGUGGGCCUCUUUAUCAUUCCAGUCUGGUAUCAUCGAGCAGCAGCCGGUCAUGUCUUGUCUGGAGCUCUUGUUUCGGCCACUGUGGUGCUCACAUCUGUUGUAACGUACAUGUUCGAUCUCGGUCCCACAUGGCUGCUCAGGGAAUACAGACCAGGGUCUCGCAGUGAAUACAUCGAAAAAAUCUACACCCCUAUGUACACACGCGGCGGUGUGUUCUUCGUCGGCAUGAUAGCGGGCUACAUUCUAGUUCACAAGAAGAAAUUUGUCAUGAACAAGCUUUGCGUUCUACUCGGUUGGCUAUGUUCCUUGUCUGUCAUACUGGCCAUAAUACACAUACCUUUCAAAUGGAACCGUGGUGAAGACCUGCCCGACGCGAAAGUGUCAGCUGCUUAUGGAGGCUUCUCUAGGGUCCUCUGGUCUAUCGCUGUGUCUUGGAUCGUCAUAGCGUGCGCUUCUGGAAAUGGAGGUCCGAUGAACACGAUGCUGUCAUUCAAGAUAUGGCUUCCUCUGAGCAGGCUCAUGUACUCCUGGUACAUCGUCAGCCCUUUAGUGAUCAUUUAUGCCAACGGGGUUCGUGAACACAUGUUUUUUCUUUCGUACGACGCUAUGUCCUACGUCCUUAUACACCACUUGGUAAUCAGCACAGCGGUUGCCAUAGCGGCAGCCAUCUGCUUCGAGCUGCCCUUCUUAAACCUGGAAGAAAUAAUUGCCAAGCGAAGAAAACCACAAGUGGACAUACAGGAGACUGCCCUGCAAGUUCCAAGGGUGAAGCCUUUUUGGCUGGAGCAAAGUGGCGUUAAUCCUGGUUAUGUCCACGAUCGCGCCUAAGGGGAUACCAUCGGAGUGCCUCUUUUUAUGGAAACGUACAACAAACAACAACUUUAUUUUUUAGAUGAUCAAUGGGAAUGUACGGGUUUUAUUCGGUAUAGAUUAUGUAUAAAAAAAGCUGCGAGAGCAUCGGCGAUGCGAUUUUGGCGGCAGGCUGGUUAUGCAGCCAAGCGAACAUAGCGUGUGCGACUAAUGGACGAUUAAUUAGCUCGAAUUCAUUAAUUAAUUUAUUAAUUAGAUGUUUUCUGGGAAAUGCCAGGUAACAGAAUUGGAGCCAGCGAUUAUUCAAAUCCGUCUUCCUUAUUAAACACCGUGAGAAACGAACAUACCUUGAGAUAUGAAUUGCCAAAUUUCGCUAUGCAAAUGAGCCGAAGCCAGAACAACAAACGAGCAUUACUCAUUAUAUAAACAAGCAGAUCCAUUGCGCAUAGCAUCUUUGCGGCGCUAACACGCAAUCAAAUAUAUAUGUAAGACUUCACUGCGUGACGUCAUAGCGAUGCGGUGGCGCUGCUGUCCCGUUUGGUGGGAAAAAAUCGCGUGAUGAUCAAGUCACUGAGUAUUUUCGGUCACUAAUAAAGGCAUGCCGCAAAGUUGUGUAGCUAUAUUGGAUGUGGUACGCGGUACAGACAUGCCGUACCAACGCCACCUAGAUACAGAAGGUGUACUUAUUGCCUCCUCUCCCUACGUGGACAUAUUAGUCACAACUGCAAUUCAAGAACCCGCAAAUGACUUGGAACCUGUAGAUCCGAAUAUUUAGACAAAAAGUGCACUUUCCAGUUUUGAAAAAGAUUGGGGCCAUUUAGUACGCGGGGCACCACUCGCAGAUGACGGUGGUUCGUCUUCAUGGCCACGUUCGUGAUUGGCUGACUAUUAGUUGUUACGUCACGUCGACGAGUAAGCAGGCGACGUCUGCUGUAUGCGCAUGCGUAGAUGCGCUCUCUUGUUUCGAAACAGAAGUGAGCGACGAAACGGCUGGCCAUCCUAAAAAUAAUAUACCCUUAGCGUACUUUAUCUUGAGAAGCAGUAAUAUACCCUGUAUCUGGAGCAUCUCUCCGCGGUCAACAAUAGGGAGUAUUAGGAAUCGAAAGGCAUGACCUUGGAUUCCUUUUCCGUGUCGCUAUGAGCGUGGCAACAGCCGAUUGGUUGAUAGCAAAGGAAUCUAAGGGCGCUUUCCUGUGAGGUCCCUUUCACCACCACCGUUAUAGUAGGGGUCAGUAUGCAUCCUGGGCCGACUUCAAGGGAUCUGUGAAGACGUCUAGAAAUUCUGUCACUCAGUCUCAGCGGCAACGCGAGUGCCGCCCUGACAGAAAUUAGACAUAAAACAAAUAACAUCCAGACACGACUUGAGUAGAAAACGAAGGCUUUCAAUUUCCCCACGGGCCGUGCCUCACAAUUAAUUCACAAAAAGAAACGCUCAAAGGAUGUUUGUAUAUACGCUUAGUCUAUCUCAUCGGAUGUUAUUUCUGCUUUCAGCACGGCGCUCACAAGUGAUGAGGAAGUUUCCCCGACGUCAUAACACUUGAGUCCAUUGAUAAAGAAACCGUUUUGCUUUUAGUAAACACUUGAACAUGG